AUGGCUUUCCUAUCCACUCUAAGCGACCUGUCAGCAUUGUCGUCACUGGUAUCAUGGAAGACAGCGCUGAUAGUCGCAUUCGCGCUGGUCAACCGGAAAUCCCUCCCCUUUGCAUGGACAUAUAACGUCUUCUACCAAAUAUACCGCAACCUCCGCCGUGACCCCCUCAAACUAAACUUCACCCCCAAAUCACCCCCCGUCGACUUGCAGGGCCGCCCAACCCACCCCGUGUUUGCUGCUGCCUCGAUAAACAGCUAUGUCUCCCUCCUCGAAACAGAUUACAACAUCCACAAAUCCAACAGCACCUAUUUCGCGGACAUGGAUCAUUCGCGUACUUCCGCCGUAACGCCAUUAUACACACCGGGAGCAGGGAUCGUGAGCAAAGAACUCGACGCGGAAAUUGCCGCUGCCGCUAUCGCAGAAGGGAAACCAGCGCCAAAGAAGAAGUUGCCCAUGUUCAUUGCCCUAGGUGCGACGUAUUGCUCAUUCAAGAGAGAGAUUAAACCCCUUCAACGGUUUGAGUUACGAUCUCACGUUGCGGCUUGGGAUGAGAAGUGGAUGUACAUCGUCACCGUGUUUCUGAUUGCGGACAAGAAAAAGGGCGCCCAAAAGGGUGACAAAACCGUGGCAGCGAUUGGGCUGAGUAAAUACUGUAUCAAAAAGGGUCGUUUGACAGUUCCGAUUGAGCGGGUUUUUAGGGCUAGUGGAUUGUUACCACCGCGUCCUGAUAACACUGCCAGUCCAACGGGUCCUGCGGUGACGACUGCUGUAAGCUCGGCUGUUGAUACGCCGCGAACUCUGGAUGGGUUGCCCGAUACUACGCUCGAUGAAGUCAAGCUUGUACAGGAAGUUUCGAAAUUGGGGGAUCAGGCGGAGGAGGUUCUACACAGACAGAAACAGCAAAAUGCGGCGUCGUGGUCGAGCGAAGAAUGGACGUGGGAACGCAUUGAGGAGCAGCGGAAGAAGGGGCUUGAGAUGGUGCAUGGGUAUAUUGCAUUGGAGAAUAACUUGUUUGCUGACUGGAAGAAUUAA